GCGUGGAUGAGACGCAAUCUGGCGCGGUUCCGCAGGAAGCCCCUCCAAAGGCGGCUGCCUUUGACAAGGAUGCUUUGAAGAAGCUGGCGGAGCAGGCUGCGAAGAACGCUGAGCAGGAGGAGAAGGACGCUCAGGAAAGAGAAGUGCAGGAGAAACUGGCCGCCGAGGCAGCAGCUGCGCAGGCAGCAGCGGCACAAGCCCAGGCCCAGCAAGAAGCGCAAGCAGCCCAAGCAGCGCAGGCAGCGCAGGCGGCCAAGGCAGCACAAGCUGCGAAGAGUGCACAAGCUGCACAGCAAGCAGCUGCGGCCCAAGCGGCCCAAGCUGCUCAGGCGCAGGCUCAAGCACAAGCUGCACAGGCUGCCCAAGCCGCUCAAGCAGCGCAAGCAGCACAGGCAGCACAGGCAGCACAGGCAGCACAAGCCGCUCAAGCGGCACAGGCCGCUCAGGCGGCGCAGGCCGCGCAAGCACCACCGGCUCCGCAGGUGAUCCCUGCACCAGUGGCACCUCUCGGCACAGCCCCUCUGCCGUCUGCCGUAGGCCCUGGCGCUCCACCUCCGCCACCGCCACCUGUGGGCCAAGGGCCACCGCCCCCAGCGUAUGAUCUCGAGGCGCUGAAGCGGCUCGCUGCUGGGCAGGCUCCAGCACCGCCCAUCACCGUGCCAGAUAUUAGGCCAUCACUGCCUCUACAGCCAGCUCAGCCGGCUCAGCCAAAGAAGUCCAUGGGCUUCUCAGGCUUCACUUUGCAAGCAGCCUCACCUGCACCUGCGCAAAGGGACAAUGAUUCCGUUCAGAAAAUGCUGGCCCGACUGCAAGGAAAUGUUGCGGGUGCGAAGCAGGCCCUAUCAGCUACGGGUCCUGCUCCCAAUUUUGGCGGCCAACUGCCUUUCGUCCAAGCAACUCCCUUGCAGAAGAUGGGGGCGCACUCAGGUCUUGCUGACGAUGACUGGGAGCCUCUGCAGGAGAACGUGAGGACUGCAAGCAGCCGCAGCGAGGUUGAGGAGGCCGCGAAGGAGUUCCUCAAGAAAUUUGCGCAGAUGAGUGCGGAACAGCUAGCAGAGCUGCUCCAUUUGAUGGAAGCAAAGGCUCAUUCCUACCCUCGAGACUUUUACACAGAGCUGGGCAGCAUGCUUGGACACAAGCUGAAAUCAGCAACAAGCCCGCAGAUUGCCCACAUUAUGAGUGCGUUCUUGUAUUGGUCGGCAGAGGGCCGCCAGCGCUUCAUCGACAACAGCCGCGACUUCUUGGCUGUCGCCACCGCAGAAGUGCCCACUCGGCUCAUGGAACUGGCUCCUCACGAGCUCAACACUUGCUUGGCCGGGCUUGUGUCGCUGGGGUGCUCGGACCACAAGUUCUUCGUGUCUGUUGGGAAGUCAGCCCAGGCACGGCACAAGACCUUCGGUCCCAAGGAGCUUACCUCGCUUCUGACGAUUCUCUCAGAAGUUCGCCUUGUGCAUGCAGAGCUCUUCACCUCUGCAGCCUCAGCAGUGGCCCCUCGCGUACGAGAGCUCCGGCCUGCUGAGGUGAUGCGCUGUACACGCUCCCUUGCCCGCUGCGGGGUGAAGAGUGAGGCUUUCUGCCAGGCUGUAGGCGAUGAUCUUGUCGGGCGCUGGUCAAAAAGCAACUCUGGCUUCCGCUGUGAGGACCUGGUGGAGUUGUGCUGGUGCUUCUGCGUGCUGGAGCACUACCACCCGGAGCUGAUGCAGCUCACAGUCCAGGUGCUGCAGGACACGCCGAAGGUCACGGCAGACGCUUUGUGCCAAUUCUACGAGAUCCACCUUUCUUUGGAGGCAGAGCACAAGGAUCGCUAUGCUUCCUUCAGAAUAGAUGACAAGGCGGCCAGCAAGCUGCUGGAACACUAUAAGGAGAAUCGUCGGGAUUGCCGACGAUGCUCUGAGAAGGUGCGUUCAGACAUUUCUGCUGCUGUGAAGGGCCUUCUAGAGGGCCAUGUUCAGUCAAAUCACCGCACCAGUUUGGGACUUCUUUCUGACGUAGCAGCGUUGAGAAAGCGCUCCUCCACAGAUGGAUACGUCCACAUUGACAUCGAUGGCGCUUUGUCCUUAAUUCGCCCCAUUGAUCAGGACGAGACCGCUGGCCCGCUGGUGGAUGGUGCUGUGGCUUUCAGGAGACGGAUCCUUGCAAAGAAGGGGCUGCGGGUCGCGACGGUCAGGGAGAGCGACUGGAAAAAUCUGGAAGACCAGAAGGAGAAGCGACGCCAUUUGCGAUCUCUGCUGGCUGCGCUGGGUGACGUGCUGGAGUGA